GUACGAUAGCCCAUGACGUAUCAGCGCUGAAGUGCUGCCUGAUAAUUAAUUCUACAUGUAGGUGAACCUGCUGCCAUUUGCAACUGAUGGGUUUCAGUCUCUAUUGCCCACGAUGAUCAACUCCACGCCGGCAGAUUAUAUCUUCAUACGCAUCUGCAUCUGGCUGCUCGGCGCCAUCGUGCCAGUCAGCAUCCUAGGCACAAUCUAUUCUGCUUUUGCCUACAGCCUGGCGUCGCUGCCCACGAUUCCACUUCCACUCCAACUCUACUUUGCUAUUGAGACGAUAUUCUGGCUAGGCUUUCAGCUCCCUCUGUACCACAGCAUCCAGAAAGAAGCACGACAUCCGCCGCUGUUGUCUGAGAAAGAGCGCCGCACGCUGUUUGCACGAGUGACAAGAGAUGUGGAAGCGGCUGAUCUCGAGCAUCAUAUCCGCUGGUGGUUCAGAGGAGCACCUCUCUCAGCAAUCGGCCGUGAAGGUUUCAAGCAUUGGCUAGCCUGGGCAUUCUUUGAAGGCCGAAUAGACGAAGCUGGCGCUGCAGAUGAGCUGGAAGAGUACACAAGACAAUUUGAAUCACUACUUGGGCAGGACUUCGCGAAAGGCCAUGGCACAGCCAGACCCAUUCGACUGACUCUGGAUAAAGUUGAAAUGCAUGGUUACAGGAGCUUGACCUGGUAUUUUAUGGUUGGCUUUGUGGACUUCUUGACGUACGUCCGCCUCUGUUGGUACGGAUUCCAGCAUUGUCGAGUAUCUGUGAAGCAACUCUGUGGCUUGUUCCCUUUCCGACCUGUCGCUCUUACUGCGCGGAAAAGAUCGCCGGUGAAGCAUCUUUCCUACUGGCAUCGCCCUCACACAGCCAAAGACCGUCUGCCAGUGUUGUUCAUACAUGGCAUUGGCAUUGGGCUCUAUCCAUACGUCGAUUUUCUGCACGAGCUCAAGGACGAAGUCAAUGACAAGCAAAAUCCAGGGCAGGUCGGCGUGAUCGCGUUGGAGAUCAUGCCAGUCGCAUUUCGAGUCACACAUUCAGCCCUUAGCAAGGAUGCGAUGUGCGAAGAGAUCAACGCGAUUUUGGCACACCACGGGUGGGACAAGUGCGUCUUGAUCGGCCAUUCCUAUGGCACAGUCAUCGCGACGCACGUCUUGCACAGUGAAGCUCUGCGGCCCAAGAUAUCUUCAACGUUACUCAUCGAUCCUGUGUGCUUCCUUUUGCACACUCCCGAUGUCGCAUACAAUUUUACUGUUCGGAAGCCCACUUUUGCCAACGAGUGGCAGCUGUGGUACUUUGCUUCUCAAGAUCCCGGAGUUGCUCAUACUCUUGGUCGACGGUUCUUCUGGUCGGAGAAUGUGCUGUGGCUGGACGAUUUGCUGCCGCUCAUGGAGAGCACUGGACUCAGGAUGACUGUCAGCUUGGCGGAACGCGAUCUGAUUGUAAAUACAGAGGCCGUGGGCAAGUACAUUUCUGGUGCGACUUCUGCGAACUACGGUACCUUCGAAGGAGACUGGAGACACACUGCAUGGAAAGGCAAAGGAUUCGAAGUGAUCUGGAAUGAAGAUUGCGACCAUGCUCAGGUGUUUGAUUCCAAAAAGAAGCGCAUGCGGCUCGUGAUGGCUGUGAAAGAGUACUGCAAAGGCGCCUCAUGACUCGGCUCGCAGCAGCUGUUUGUUCCUGCAGAAUGAUCGAUCGUGAUUACGUUCUACGUUCGCACCGCAUUCCAGUGCGUGGAUUUUCAGCCGCUGCAGCAUAUUGAUCUCUUUGGUUGAACUUGUUGUCGUUCCGCGGCGCAAGGAAGUUGCCGCACCCUCGAGGUCAAAGAGUCGCGCCAAUACCACAUACAAGCUCGCUCUCCUCAUGCCAAAUGCUCGGCGCGCUUCUUCACAGCUAACACCAAUGCGGGGAAAGUCUGAAAACGCUCGACACACAAGACAC